CUGUGAGGCCCCUGCUGAGGUGAGGAAUGGAAUGCUGAGAAAGGUACAAACUUUCAAUCACCCGACCGAGGUGACAGUCUGACUCUGAGGUAGAGGCAUUGCCCCCAGAUCGUGUCCUGCUGAAGUCUGUGUGGAGAGGCUGUGGCCACGACUAAGGAGCCUGAUGUACGCAGCACAUGUGCAAGCCAGGCAGGCAGCCUGGGAGCGACAGAUCUGCAGCCCCUGCCGGUCCCGGCAGAUGUACAUGCAGGUCUGAAUCCUGCUGCCCAGUGGCCCCUGACUCCUGGCCCCAAGAACAUGACCACAGCCCAGAAUGGCCAUGGGCCCAGCGCUGCUAUCCCCUGUUCAGUCCCUGAUCCCAAAGACCCCAGCAUGGGCGCUUACCCAGUGUGUCAGAAUGGAGGCUGUGGUGGUGGCGAGGCCGAAGCCCAAGAAGCCAGGCUCAACCCGGCCAAGUUCAUGCGCCUCUUCUCUGUGAGUCGGAAGAGAAGCAGCGCCAAUGCAGAGAGACCCCGCUCCAUGGUCUUGAUGGGAAACUCCUCCACCUGGAAUGCCCUUGCCUCUUUCCGGAAAAUGGGAUCAUUUAAAAAACUUAAGUCCUCGGUCCUGCAAGGAAUUCAGAACCGAGAGGGGUCAGAUACAGCUAAAGAAGAUACCUCAGAACAGGGCACUGGAAAACCCAUCCCCAACGGUGCUGCCCUGGGAAUCCAGGCAAGCAGGUGCAGCCCCGCAGGACCAGCGUGUCAGCCGCUCAAACCAGGGCCUGGGGGUGUGUCCGACUGCUCCGACCCAGAGGAGGCAGACGAUGCCUUCCAGAGGAGCACCCACCGGUCCCGCAGCAUCCGGCGUGCCUAUGGCCUGGGCCGUAUUAGCCUUUUGGAUGCCGAAAAGCAGCCCGGCCGGCCCCUGUCCCCUAUACUUCAGGAGCCAUCCCGGUGCGAGAUCCUGGUGAAAGACUCUGAAAACAACAGCAUCAUUUAUAGGCGGAGCAAGAGCACAGACAACUUAAACUUUCUGAAGAAAAGCUCCUUCAAACGAAAGUCCACCUCGAAUCUCACAGACCUCAAGGUGGUGCAGGAAAAGCAAGCCCCCCGAAGGACACUGAGCAGUUCGUCUGCAGACUCAGAAAAAUUCGGUGGGUCAGAGAGAAGGACGAAACGCUGGAAGAGCCCGAUCAGGGCCAAGGACUUUGACAGAGUCCUGAGACUGGUGAGCAGUGCAACGGAUGCAGCCUGGAAGAGAGAGGGCGGCAAAGGUGGGGUGCACUCCCCCGGGGAGGCACAGCCACGGCCCGGGCCACACAGCAGGCUGCACGACGACUACUCACGCCGGGUGUCCACCAACAGCGAGCCUGACCGCAGGAGGUGCCCGGGGCCCAUGCACAGUGCCCAGGCAGCUGCCAGCUGCAGCUUGGCCGUUUGUCAGGUGCCCCAGGUAGAUGUGGACACAGCCGUGUUUCCUCUUGAAAGCACAGACUCUGGGGCAUCAGAAAGUGCAGGUCCUAGUGCUGGCAGUCCCUCCUCCGGUCUGAUGGCCCAGGAAGUGUCCAGCAAACACUCUGAUGACCCAAAACCUGGCAGCCAGUUUACAUUUGAAACUGAGCAGCAACCUCUCACUCCUCUAAGGCCCACCACACCCAAGCCCCCCAGCCCACAGAGCCCAGGCGCAGGGACUGCCAAGUGUCCCAACCAUCUCAGUGCUCUCUCCCUGAGCUCAGUGGACAGUGAAGAAAGGGCAGAGGCUUCUGCCCCGAGGGAUAAAGGUCCUGUGUCCUCCCAGGAUUUGGUGCCAACCACAUGUGACAAUGGCAGUGAGGAUAGCAAUGCUGGCAGCCGUGCCCAGCUGGUUCUUGGGGGGACAGACGAUCCAGAAGAAAAGAGAGAGGAGGUGGUUACUGAGGAAUCCUGGAGGCGGAGCUCAUCCCAGGAGGAAGAUCGGGCUGAGGCUCAAAGGAUCACCAAGCGGAGAUGGGGUUCAGGAAGAAGGUCAAGGCCUCGACCACUCUCUGACUAUGGCCAGUUGGUCAGCCGAAGUUUAUCUAUUCCUGAAGACUCAGUUGCUGCGGACCCCCAGAACGAAGACAUUGUGGAUGGUGACCACCAGCCAAGCGUGACCUCUUCCAACGCUGACGGCCAGAGAGCUGCUGAGAUGUACCUCAAAGGAGGCCGGAGGAGACGGCCCAUCUCUGUGAUAGGCGGGGUCAGCUUCUAUGCAGACAGCCAGACAGAGGAAAUAGAGACUCUUCUGACUCAACCGGCAGCCAGGCCGCCUGUGCCAGCUCACCAGGUGCCUCCCUACAAGGCCGUUUCUGCCCGACUCCGGCCGUUUACCUUUUCCCAGAGCACCCCCAUCGGACUGGACCGUGUGGGACGCCGUCGGCAAAUGAGAGCAUCCAAUAUUUCUUCAGAUGGGGGUACUGAGUCUUCUGCCUUAGUGGAUGACAACGGCAGUGAAGAGGACUACAGUUAUGAAGACCUCUGUCAGGCCAACCCCAGAUACCUCCAGCCAGGCGGGGAGCAGCUGGCCAUCAACGAGUUGAUCAGCGAUGGCAGCAUGGUCUGUGCUGAAGCCCUGUGGGACCACGUGACGAUGGAUGACCAGGAACUGGGCUUCAAGGCGGGAGAUGUCAUCCAAGUUCUAGAAGCCUCCAACAAGGACUGGUGGUGGGGCCGGAACGAGGACAAGGAAGCCUGGUUCCCUGCAAGCUUUGUCAGAUUGCGAGUCAAUCAAGAAGAGCUGUCAGAGAAUUCCAGCAGCACCCAGGGUGAGGAGCAGGAGGAUGCUGACAAGACCCGCCACAAACACUCUGAGAGCAAACGUCAGAUGAGGACCAAUGUCAUCCAGGAGAUCAUGAACACCGAGCGGGUGUACAUUAAGCACCUCAAAGACAUCUGUGAGGGCUAUAUUCGACAGUGUCGCAAGCACACAGGAAUGUUCACUGUUGCACAACUAGCCACCAUUUUUGGAAACAUUGAAGAUAUUUACAAAUUCCAAAGAAAGUUUCUGAAAGACCUUGAGAAACAGUACAAUAAAGAGGAACCUCAUUUAAGUGAAAUAGGAUCCUGCUUUCUUCAACAUCAAGAGGGCUUUGCGAUCUACUCCGAGUACUGUAACAACCACCCGGGCGCCUGCGCAGAGCUGGCCAACCUAAUGAAGCAGGGCCGGUACCGACAUUUCUUUGAAGCCUGUCGGCUGCUCCAGCAAAUGAUUGACAUCGCCAUUGAUGGUUUCCUGCUCACGCCAGUGCAGAAGAUCUGUAAAUACCCACUGCAGCUGGCUGAGCUGCUCAAGUACACCACGCAGGAGCACAGUGAUUACAACAACAUAAAGGCAGCAUACGAAGCCAUGAAGAAUGUAGCCUGUUUGAUCAACGAGCGCAAACGCAAGCUGGAAAGCAUAGACAAGAUUGCGCGGUGGCAAGUGUCCAUUGUGGGCUGGGAGGGGAUGGAUAUUUUAGAUCGAAGUUCAGAAUUGAUCCAUUCUGGAGAACUGACCAGGAUCACUAAGCAAGGCAAGAGCCAGCAGCGGACCUUCUUCCUGUUCGACCACCAGCUGGUGUCCUGCAAGAAGGACCUGCUGCGUCGGGACAUGCUGUAUUACAGGGGCCGCACAGACAUGGACCAGAUGGAGCUUGUGGACCUGGAGGAUGGACGCGACAAGGACUGGAACCUCAAUGUGAAGAAUGCAUUCAAGCUCAUAAGCAAGACCACCGAUGAGGUUCAUCUGUUUUGUGCCAAAAAGCAGGAAGACAAGGCGCGGUGGCUGCAGGCCUGUGGGGAUGAGAGGAAGAGGGUGCAGGAGGACCAGGAAAUGGGAAUGGAAAUUUCAGAAAAUCAGAAGAAACUGGCCAUGUUGAAUGCUCAAAAGGCGGGACAUGGAAAGUCAAAAGGCUACAGUGGAUUCCCUGUGGCCCCUCCGCACCAGAGCUUGCACCCGCUCCACCAGCGCCACGUCACCGUGCCCACCAGCGUCCCCCAGCAGCAAGUGUUUGCCCUGGCAGAACCCAAGAGGAAGCCUUCGUUGUUCUGGCACACCUUCAAUAAGCUUACCCCUUUCAAGAAAUGAAAUGGAAGUGAGGACUUCUGCUGCAGGGAGAAUUCAUUUUGUUUCUUCACUGCUAACUGCAAGGAAAGUACAUCGGACCCAGUGCUGAGAACUUUCUGGGCUCAGUGACCGUCUUCAGAGACCUCGCUGCCACCCAGGAGGUUGGAUGAGGCCAUCAUGCAUGUGGGCCUGUCAUCAUGCUGGGCCAAGAUGGCUAGACCUGGGAACCGGUGCUGUGCUGUGGAGAGAAUGCUGAGCGUCGACGCAAGUGCCCAUGAUGGAGCGCCUUGAGCUGAUGCAGCACGAGAUGCAGCACCUUAAGAUUUUUUUGUUACCAAGGAAGGGCUCUAGCAGAAUGUCACUUUUGCAUCUAAUUUUGAUGGGAAUGGUGCACCACCUUUGGUACAAUUCUGCCUCUGGGUAGCUUGCAAGCUGUCCCUUCUUCGGAUGCUCUAACAGUUGCCAAAUGGUCAUGCAGGGUUUGCCCUGCAAGCUUCCACCCUCUACAGGCUAGAGGGUGAAUUCAUCAUGCAGCAGUUGGUCUGUAGUGCCGCGUCACUUUAGCAUUCAAAGAUAUGACUGUUUCCAAGUCAGGGAGUGAAAAAUCCUGCUGCCAUCUGGAUUCACCUUUCUGAAGUGAGGUACUCACUCACCUGCGGGUGUGCGGUACCUAACUCCACAAGCAGAAAUCUUACCCACCUGCACACCAUAACCCAAGAAAUCGUAUCCAUAUGUAUCCUUUUGCAGUAUAUUAUGCCAUUUAAUUUUAUGAUAAAGGAUAUGCAAAUUCACCAACCGAAAGUCAUUCUUCAAGAGAUCCUUGCGCUUCUUCCAAAAGUUGUUUCUGAUGUCUCACUAAUUAAGCAGCACAUGCAUUCGACCAAGAAAGCAUGAGGGUCAAAGCAGUCACCUUGCCCAGAAUUUGAAGCCAACUGUGUUGCAUAAACCUAAAACGGUAGUGCUAAGAGUACCAUGAGUAGCAUGUCAGCAGGUUUCUGGAGACUCGUUUUGUUACAAAGGAAACUUAAAUAUAUAUAGACUCAGAGGUGGUAGUCCUUUUUAACGAAGGCCAUGUGGGCUAAUACUUGUAGAUAGUAAUCCUCUUAUCUUUGUCUGCAUUGUAAAUUUUGGGUGAAAAAAACUUUUAAAUAUGUCUAGAGAAGACAGGCUUUACAAGAGAGAGAGAGCAUUUUAAUUUACACAGUGCACUGGAAGUGGUUAUUGUAUAACACAACUUGUGGUUUUCUAUUUAAAGCUCUCUUUUUUUGUAUGCGACUCUCGAAGUUCUUUUUCUAAUAGGCCAGUGCUGAGACUAAACAAACUUGUAACGUCAAAGACAAAAGUAUAAUCUGAGUCUCCGGUGUGUGGUUCCACUAUUUCCCUCCACCUCCCCCUCCCCCCCCUCAUAUCCAGAACUGUUCCUGAAGGAGGUGAUGACAUACAUCAAGGAGACAUAAUCAGACCUGAGAGCAUUGUGUAUAUUUGUUGAGAAUCUUACCUGUUGGUGACCCAGCUCUUCCACCUUGCUGUGCUCAUUUACAGGCAGUGUUGCUGGAAACGUGUGCAGCCCUGUAGCUGAAACCCAGGGCUUGCCUGUGGACCUUCAUACCAGGUGUCCUGGGGUUGUGGCUGUUUCUGUGAGGAAGCAUCUCAGGAGGUGCUACAGCUCUGAGGGUGUGUGUCUGUGUGGUGUGCCUGUGCGCGUGUAUGCAUAGACAUCUCAAGUGCAGUUGCAUUUAUAUAACUGACCUUUUUACUAACAAGAUAUGAUAUAUAUUUGAAAACUAAUUAUGCUUUACAUGCCCCCCCCCCGCCCCACAAUAACUAUAGAGUCUCUGCACUAAGGAGUUAUAUGUAUAUGUAUAUACUGCACUUUUGAACAUGUCUUUUUUUUUUUGAUUUAUAAAAUAAUUACUUACUGUGAGAAAGUAAAAAGAAUCAUUUGCUUGGAUUACAUUUUCAGUGAGAAUUUAGUUCAAGCAAAGAACCACUCAGACUUCCAUUUUCUAAUACUUACGAAAUGCCUGCAGCUCUGUCACCAGUCCUGAUUUCCCCAGCAAAGCUCUAACUUCUCAUGCCCGCCUCUCCCUCCCUCUCUGGGCUUCCAGCAGAAUUGCACAAACUGUGGACCCCAAGGCAUGUCUAAGUCCAGGCUGCCCUGGUCAGCUCUGCUCGGUGUGAGGGCCUUUUCAUCAGGUGUCUGCCCUGGGUGGGGCCUGGCCGGUCAUUUUGAAAGCUAUGAAAUAGUUUUAGGAGAGGAUGUGCUUCCAUCUCUUUCUACUCCUUACUUGAGUUUUAGUAACAAAUGCCUAUGUUCUCUAAAGAAUAGGUGACUCAGUUCCCUAAUUUUAGAUUUGCCAAACUUCCAUCUUGAUGAAAGUCACAUUUUCCACUUGCAAAGGGAAAAAAGGAGAGAGAAACAGAGCUUCUGUAUGGAACAUGUAUGAAUAGUUUCAUUGAGAAUCUCACUUUCUCUUUAACCUUACAUUGUGUAAUUUGACUGCCCCCCCCCACAAAAUGACAUAACAUAUGGAUGCAUUUCAUUUAUUCUAUCAUUUGUGCUUCAGAAUUUGCCCAAUUUGUUCAUUCAGUUCUGUUCAUUGUUAGAAAUGGUCUGGUGUCAAAACAACCUUGUCAAUUUUGAUUACACCGAAAUCUUAUGACAAGUUUGUAGUAGGUUUUAUAAGUAUUUGAGAGUAUUUGUAAAUCCUGGAGAAGUAUCCUUUGUUUUUGGCCUCCAGACUAGAUAAAGAGAAUGCAUUUUACUAUGACUUUUACUGGGCUACCGUCAGCAUACUGUGUUUUUUGCACAUCUGAACUUUAUCCUAGUAUAUCUGAUCUUGUAACUGAAAGCAUUACACUCCCAACCUCCAUGCUAUUUCUGAAUAUUGUUGUCCCUUUUUAAUCACUAAACCAGACCAGGACAAAUUCCAUGCCAAUUCAUAAAGUCUCUCAAUUCUAAGUUGCUAUUAUCUAGACACAAAGCCAAAGUUUGUUUAAUUCAAAAAUAUGGUCCACAAUGGAAAUCUUUUGUAAGAGUCAUGAUCCGGCAUAUUAUACUGAAAAAUUCUACAAUCCCAAAUAGUUGAUAUGCCCGAGUACGAAUCAACAGAAACAGAUGUCUCCCUCACAGGACAGUGCCAGCACAUGUGGAUAAAUAUCUCGGUGCCUCACAGGCCAGUGAUGCUGGACACAAAUUAAGUCAAACUGCUCAAAAACACUGGUCCCUAAAAUAGAGUUAGCCAACAAGCUCUUCUCCUUGCUAAAAUUUCAUUUGGUUGAUGCUAUUGACCUCAGGGUGAAUGAAAUUCGAACCGUUUUGAAAAAUGUAAGUAAAAAUCAUCUCACCUUGGGUGGGGGGCAUGGAGCUGAAGUGAAUCUGGAGAAAGAAACCUUUGUUUUUGACCUCCAAACUAGUAAAAUAAUACUUAGUUACAAAACACUUCAGGUAACGUUAUCAUCUUUAGCAUCAACCAUUGUAUUUAGCAGAUACUUUGAUUCUAUAAUAGUUUUUUUGGAAGUGUUAACAUCAAUUAUGUUUAACGUCCUACCUUGCGAGGCUAUUGGUAACCUUUUCCUUAAAUGCAUCAACAUCAAGAUGGUGUUACCUGCUUUAAGUCAAGUGACAGCUUCCAAACUGAUGAAUGAGCUGCUGACCGCCUGUGUUGGACAAGAUUGCUGUAACUUGAUAUGUGUUUUUUUGAAUGAAGUUUUUGUUAAAAAAAAUUAUUGCAAUGUUAUUUGAAAUUUUUCUUGUAAAUG